AGCGCGCCCGCCGCCCCUCCGCUGCCCAGCCCGGAGCCCGAGAGGCGUGCACCAUGAGCGGCGGCGAAGUGGUCUGCUCGGGAUGGCUCCGCAAGUCCCCUCCGGAGAAGAAGUUGAAGCGUUAUGCAUGGAAGAGGAGAUGGUUUGUGUUACGCAGUGGCCGUUUAACUGGAGAUCCAGAUGUCUUGGAAUAUUACAAAAAUGAUCACUCCAAGAAGCCUAUUCGUAUUAUAGAUUUAAAUUUAUGUCAACAAGUUGAUGCUGGAUUAACAUUUAACAAAAAGGAGUUUGAAAACAGCUACAUUUUUGACAUCAACACUAUUGACCGGAUUUUCUACCUGGUAGCAGACAGUGAGGAAGAGAUGAAUAAGUGGGUUCGUUGUAUUUGUGACAUCUGUGGGUUCAAUCCUACAGAAGAAGAUCUUGUAAAGCCGCCUGGCAGCUCCUUCCAGGCACCAGCGGAUUUACCCUUAGCUGUAAACACAGUACCAUCGUCCACCCAGAUGGAUGUAUCCUCUGCUGCUCUCCCUCCUCCAUAUCAGCUCAUCAGCGUCCCACCACACCUGGACACUCUUGGCAUCCAGGAGGAUCCUCAAGACUACCUCUUGCUAAUCAACUGUCAAAGCAAGAAGCCGGAACCCACCACCAGAACACAUGCUGAUUCUGCAAAAUCCACAUCUUCUGAAACAGACUGCAAUGACAACGUUCCUUCUCAUAAAAAUCCUGCCUCCUCCCAGAGCAAACAUGGAGUGAAUGGCUUUUUUCAGCAGCAAAUGAUGUAUGACUCUCCACCUUCACGUGCUGUGUCUGUCUCUGUAGACUCCAGCCUGUAUAAUCUGCCCAGGAGUUACUCUCAUGAUGUUUUACCAAAGGUGUCUCCAUCAAGUACCGAAGCAGAUGGAGAGCUAUAUGUUUUUAAUACCCCAUCUGGGACAUCAAGUGUAGAGACUCAAAUGAGGCAUGUAUCCAUUAGUUAUGACAUUCCUCCAACACCUGGUAAUACUUAUCAGAUUCCACGAACAUUUCCAGAAGGGACCUUGGGACAGACGUCAAAGCUGGACACUAUUCCAGACAUUCCUCCACCUCGGCCACCGAAACCACAUCCAGCUCAUGACCGAUCUCCUGUAGAAACGUGUAGUAUCCCACGCACGGCCUCAGACACCGACAGUAGUUACUGUAUUCCUGCCGCAGGGAUGCCACCAUCACGGAGUAAUACCAUUUCCACUGUGGAUCUUAACAAGUUGCGAAAAGAUGCUAGUUCUCAAGACUGCUAUGAUAUUCCACGAACAUUUCCAAGUGAUAGAUCUAGUUCACUUGAAGGCUUCCAUAACCACUUUAAAAUCAAAAAUAUGUUGACAGUGGGAAGUGUAUCAAGUGAAGAACUGGAUGAAAAUUAUGUCCCAAUGAAUCCCAACUCACCGCCACGGCAACAUUCCAGCAGUUUUACAGAACCAAUUCAGGAAGCAAAUUAUGUGCCAAUGACUCCAGGAACAUUUGAUUUUUCUUCAUUUGGGAUGCAAGUUCCUCCUCCUGCUCAUAUGGGCUUCAGGUCUAGCCCGAAGACCCCUCCCAGAAGGCCAGUGCCUGUUGCAGACUGUGAACCACCUCCCGUGGACAGGAACCUCAAGCCAGACAGAAAAGGUCAAAGUCCUAAAAUUUUAAGACCCAAACCCCAUGGUUUAGAGCGAACUGAUUCACAAACCAUAGGUGACUUUGCUACAAGAAGAAAGGCCAAGCCAGCACCCUUAGAAAUAAAACCUUUACCAGAAUGGGAAGAAUUACAAGCACCAGUUAGGUCUCCCAUCACUAGGAGUUUUGCUCGAGACUCCUCCAGGUUUCCCAUGUCUCCCCGACCAGAUUCAGUGCACAGCACGACAUCAAGCAGCGACUCCCAUGACAGUGAAGAGAAUUAUGUCCCCAUGAACCCAAACCUGUCCAGUGAAGACCCGAAUCUCUUUGGCAGUAAUAGUCUUGAUGGAGGAAGCAGUCCAAUGAUCAAGCCCAAAGGAGACAAACAAGUGGAAUACCUAGAUCUAGAUUUAGACUCUGGAAAAUCCACCCCACCACGUAAGCAAAAAAGCAGUGGCUCAGGCAGCAGUGUAGCAGAUGAGAGAGUGGAUUAUGUUGUGGUUGACCAACAGAAGACCCUGGCUCUAAAGAGCACUCGGGAAGCCUGGACAGAUGGGAGGCAGUCCACAGAAUCUGAAACACCGACCAAGAGCAUGAAAUGAAAAUAUUACUUUGCAUUUAUGAACAAUAAACUUAUGAAUUGUAAAGAUGAAUCCUGUUUGAAGAUGACUUGACAGUUCUGCUCUAGGUAGAUCUUCAAAUGAGUAGAGUUGACGUCAAAGAACCUUUCAGGCAUAAUCAAGCAAUUUAGACUUAACUAUGGUGCUUUGUGGUAUCUGAACAAUUCAUAACAUGUAAAUAAUGUGGGUAAAUAGUAUUGUUUAACUCCCAGAGAAACAUUUGUUCCAUAGUUAACACACUUGUAGUAUUACUGUAUUUAUGCACUUUUUCAUUUAAAACAUUGUUUUGGGGAUUCCCAAUGUUCCUUAACGUAAUUCCUUUGGGAGUUUUUCCUCACACACUACUUUAUAUAACAGUACUACAUUAACUAAGCUAUUUUUAGAUUCGGAAAUGGCUGUUUAAACUAUAGUCUAACAACAUUAAGAUGAGAAGUAGAUUCUCAAGUUAGCUUUCCACCUGAAGCUUCAGGUGGUGACCAUUACCUUAACUACAGAGUAUAGUUUAACUCAUCAUUCAUUGCCUUCCAAAAUCCUGAGGAUAAUGUAUGUACUGGUAUCAUGACCUAGUUCUCUGGUUCAUGUGCAUUUAGUUUUUAAUGGUGGAACUUUGUUAUAUUUUGUUAAUUGCAGCAUUUUUGGUUCAUUGAGUGAAGAUUCUCCCACGUAGGAUCUCGCACCUGCAGGUCAUUGAUGGCAUGUAGUGAUGAUGUGCUCUUAUACUUGUUAACAUGUAUUAAAUGUUAUUUGCAAAAGGUAGAUUAUAUAACUAAUCAGGUACAUACCAGGCACUGCUGUGCUAAUACACUGAUCAGGUUUAGACAAUGAGCUUUGGUUGUGUUCUUGUUAGUCCUAGUACUGGUUCCCAGUUUGGAAUUAAUGAAGCAAUUGACAUUCACUGUUAGUUAUAGCAACAUACUGUGAUUUUUAAUUAGAUAGUAAUUCAGAUUUAUUACUCUAAGAAUGAAAUCCUAUCUUUUGACACCAUAGUGCCCUUUCUACGAUUUUUUUUUUUUUUUACUUAAUAUUCUUCUUGGCCUUAUAUUUAAAUCCCUAUGCAAUUAAUAUUUUAUAUCUGCAUUUUUUUUUAAAAAAUUGAUGUUAUAUAAGUGAUUCUUAUAUGUAGCACCUGUUGCUUUUCCAUGAAAGAAUUCAGGAUUUUGUACUGUGAUUGAUAUUCACUGCCCCAAUUUAAGAAAUAUUGGAGCCUUGCUAUAAUGUGAAAUCUUAUAGUCAUGGACCCCUUCCAACCAAAUUUCUGAAACCACCAGAGGGAUGGUAUAAUUUUGUCUCACCUGUAACCUGGUCCUGUGACAUGUGUAGCAAGACCACAAAUUAUAGUGAGGCUACAGUUAUAUUCAUCUGUUUUGGCUUUGCAGCAUACUUUAGAAAACAGGUAUAGUUGUUUUCUUGUUUUUAACCAAGUUACAUACAAUCUCUUAUGUAUUGAUUGGAGGAAGCAUAGAGAUGGAAGUGCCACAGCUAAGGCAGAACUCCCUCCAUUCAGACCUCUAACCAUUGCCUGAGUACACAGAUGUGUCCUGGUUUCUGGCCUGUUGGCCAUAAUGCUGUGCCUAAUUGAUGUAGUAGGUUUAUUUCCCCCAACCCACAAACUAAAAAUAUUCAUAACAAGAGGAAUUGUAGACUAGUAACAUUUGAUUCCUGUAAAUGUUUGUUUCUUUUUAAACAAAAACUAAAACCCAGAAGUGAAUUUUGAGGUGAAUUUUUAAAUAAAAAAGAUUGUUUGAG